GGGACAAGGCUUCUUCUAAAAUACGUGCCUGAUUCAACAAGUAGUAGAUAUUGUUCCAGCAAGGAAACCCCGAUGACUUUCAGAACAGCAGCAGCAGAUCUGGUGAUACUUCCUGAGUAUGGUGGACUAGAAGCUGGCUCAUUCUUGAUGAAAGAGCCACGUAAAAAAAGAAUUCACCAACCCCUGUGACUGAAUUUGAGCGAUAAUGUCAAUGGAAUUAACACAUUGCUAUUGUUGAAUGGUCUCCUGUGGCUAUAUAAACAUCAAGGCUCAUUGUCACUGUCUCAUCUAAUGCAAGAGGGAAAUAAAUAAUGUGGAUGUUGCAGAGAAACUGAUUCCUUAUGUCACAAACCCAUGGACAAUGUCUGCACUACAGAAGCCAGAGGUGGUCCAUUAGGACGUGCAGGGGAGAAGACAUCUGUUGGUGAAUGUGUUGCUGCAGCAUCCCAGUUGUGAGAGCAAACUUUGCCACAGACUGUUAAUCACCCACUUGGGAAGGAACAUGCUCAAUACAGUCCUGAUUCUGAUACCAGAAAACAACAUUAAAAUUAUUCUGUCCUCUGGAGAUGAAAAUUAUAUCAAAUCCAUGGAAUAGCCAGAAGAAAACUUCUGCUUGCUGUUCAAGAGAUUUCUUUAUUUUGUAGCCUCAGCCAUUGCAGCAGAUCCUUCCUCUCUUUGUCCCUUUGGACAUCAAAGGAUCACAAGGGGACAGCCCUGGUGAGAAGCUCCUCCCUGCUCAUUAGCCUUCAUAAAACAGGAACUCACCUUGGCUAGCUGUGCUCCGAGUCCCAUCCUCAUCCCGGUCACUCUUGACACUGGAUCUCAGAAGGAAGGGCUUUUGCUUGCUUCAGGAAAUCAGACCUGCUUUUGAACUGGACUAUUUUGGCUCCCCUUCUAAGAACUUGGUGGCUCUCUCCGCUGUGCAGACUCCUAGACUCCACAGUACAUGGAAAAAUGCAAGCUCUACCAGAGGUGAAAGCGCCAUGUGAGGCACUUCCUUCCCCCAGCCUGGAGCCCUACCCGCAGAGCUCCAUUGUGGUCACCCUUGAGGACAUGGGUCUCUGGAUGAAGUUUCAUCAGAUAGGAACUGAGAUGAUCAUCACCAAGUCUGGCAGACGAAUGUUUCCACAAUGCAAAAUCAAAGUCUCUGGCUUAAUCCCAUAUGCCAAGUACCUCAUGCUGGUAGAUUUUGUGCCAAUGGACAACUUCAGGUACAAGUGGAAUAAAGAUCAGUGGGAAGUUGCUGGAAAAGCAGAGCCCCAGCUCCCUUGUCGCACCUAUGUCCACCCAGAUUCCCCAGCUCCUGGCAGCCACUGGAUGAAAGAACCUGUCUCCUUCCAAAAACUGAAGCUCACCAACAACACUCUGGAUCAACAUGGGCAUAUCAUCCUCCACUCUAUGCACCGUUACAAGCCUCGCUUCCACAUCGUGCAGGCAGAUGACCUCUUCAGUGUCCGCUGGAGCAUCUUCCAAGUCUUCAGCUUCCCUGAGACUGUCUUCACUUCUGUUACUGCUUACCAGAACGAGAAGAUUACAAAGCUCAAGAUUGACAACAAUCCAUUUGCUAAAGGUUUUCGUGAACAUGGGAAGAACACUCGAAGGGAAGGACGAGCCAAAUGCCAGAAGCCUAGUCCAGCCAAGGGCCAGAAGAGGAAGCUGUCUGAGGAAAAGGAGCCCACUGCUGAGGAACGUGAUUUUGAGAAAGGUGAGAAUGUAGAUGUGAAGGAAGAGAGUAACCCCGUGGUGGUGAGCAGCGGGUACCCCUUCUGGGUCUCGGAGCAGAACAACCAGGCCUUUCCUGCAGCAUCACCCCUGCCAGCAGACCAGAGGGAGGGUCUGGCCAGAGAGCAGCAAGUGCCUACGCCGUCCUACCAGACAUAUCGGUUCCACGAAGCUGGGGACAGCCAGCAGCUUCCCACCCGCGAUCCUGCAGCCUUGAGCGAUUUCCGGGCAAGGUGCCACCCCUUGGACCUCGCCACAGUGCCUGAGCACGAUUCCAAACAGCUCCCAGAGGGCUUCACCAACCUGCCUCCUCUCCCCCCGCCUCUGCCUCCUCCCCAGGACUACACAGGAGUGGUGAACAUGGCUCUAGACUCUGUUGGGAAAGCUGGGGCCCGGGCAUCCAUGUACAGUCCCUAUGGCACCGAGCAAGGCCUGGGCCAGUGGAUGGUGCCUUCCCACAGCCAGUACAGGGCCAUGAGCUACUCGGCGUUUUCCACAGAGUACAACACACAGGGGGCUCCAGGACAUACCCACGGGACCAUGGCAGAGUGGAGCCAGUACCCUCUGUUCCCAUAUGCCUGCUGGUGAACGGGGAAGACUCUUCCCAAUGAAAAGACUGAAAGAAAAUUGUAAAUGAGACAAUAUUUGCUCUGGAUUGUUGAUCUUGAAGUCUUGUCUAUGCUAGGCAAAGAGGCAUUGCUGCAGGCAGUGGUUUGGGACACCUUCACUUCCUUGUCUCCUUGCAUUACAGCCCUCACUGUGUUUCCCAGGCAAUGGCUAAACUGGUGGCUGUUCCAGACAUGAGUCUGGCAGAGCCAAUGUCUUCUGGAGUGGUUGUUUUUUUUCCCAGCAGGAGUAGGAAACCACAGGAGCUGCAAGAGCAGUACUUACAGAGCUGCCGAACUCUCCGUCCCAGGCUGUUUGCAUCCUGCAUUUGGCAGUUUCCAAAAUUGUUUUCUCCCAAGACUUCUGUGCAAGGUGAUAGAGGCUGAGGAGUUUCAGUAAACCAUCCAAGUGGCCAAGAAGCUGUAGAGAAUUACUGCAAGGACAAGCAAAACCAGUGCCCCUCUGAGCAGUUUCCUUACUUAGUGUAGUCAAACCGAAGCUAGAGUCUUGCCUUUCUUCAGCAGCAUGAGAGUAAAAUAGGCAGCAACACCUGCAUGUCUGGAGCAGAGUGGUGGGUCACGCAGGCAGGGAAGAGUUUGUCCCGUGCAGGAGAAGCAAGGUUCUAUGUGUGUCUGCAUGUCCCCCAUGCCCAUCCCUCUUCUGCCACCCCUGCAUCCAAGGUUAGUGACUCACACUCUUCUUUCUGCUGGUGGUGGAGGGAGGUUGUUCACAGAACAUGGGGGCUGCUCUGGGGAUUUCCAAAGGCUGGUGCUUUGUCAGAAACAGGGCCAUGAACAGCAGUGCUGGGUGCAUCACCUCUUCCUUUCAAGGGAAAGUGAAUCUUUCACUGUGAACUUCUUCCUACUUCCACUGCCUGCCACCCCUGGAGAAUAUAGCUGUGGUUACUGUGCUGUGCUCUGGGCAGCUUUGUCAAUAGCUAGUUUUCACCAACCUGGCACUGUUUGUUGGGCAUAUACUUUAAUUAAUACCCUCUAGGCCAUGAGCUGUGUCCUGCAUUGCUGGUGAGCUCAGCAUCUCCUGGGCUGCUCAGGAAAGUUGUCUUGGCACUUUUUGGGAGUCUGUAAGGAUCUGCUUCCAUGUUUAGUUACCAGGGCAGGUUCACCUCCCUCAGCUCUAUGGUGCCAUCCUGGGGACAAGCUGCUCUGCCAGUGAGCAAACUGUGCACUGCCUUGCAAAGAGCAUUUCUUUUUUUCUUCAUGUUGGAAGGGGAAAGCAUCCUUGUUUCCCUCAGUGGCAAGAAUGGCCCUGGCAAUGGGGUCUUGUUUGAGAUAGGCUCUUUCCUUCUUGGAGAGGACAGACAGAUUCCUAGGUGUUAUUUAGGGCAUUUUUUCUGAUAACACUUUAAAUAAACUGCUGCCUGCAGCCAUCAGUAGGCAGUGAGGUGUGUCAUUCAGCAUGUAUGCCAGAUGGUUUUCUCUGUGCAUGCAGCAAGAUGUUGCUGAGGAGAGCUGGGCAGGUUUGUGACCAGCAGUGUUGGGAGCAGCCUGCAGGUGCACUAGGAAGGGCUGUGUGCUGCUUAGUUCAGUACCAGCUCAGCACUGGCUGUGUGCCUAGUGUAGAGGUGUUGAGCCAUGUUUGUUAUCAUUAAAGUGACUUUGAAAAGUAGCCCUACAAAUUUGUGAAACUGGACUGCAAUGCCUACUUCCUUAUUUAAAUCAUAUAUAACUGGCUGCUUUUGUACUGCAGUUAUGAUACAUAGAGAACAGCCGAUUGCUUCCCCUUUGCUUCACAAGAUGGAUGUGAGAAGUGCAGUGUUUAAAUACAGGUCAGACUCCACCACAGUCUAUGUACAUAAUACCCUAGUAGCCUUUCCUCUGAUAGCAGCCUGGGCAGGAGCAAUUUAUACCUGUUGUGCGUGACACGCACAUGGAUGCAAAUGACUCACUGAAAAGAAAUCUGGUUGGGGAGAAAGAUGUGGAGGAGAUGGUUUUUAACCCCAGAAUGCUGUAACUUCCUGCUGUCCAAAUGCCAGCUGCAUGAAGGCAGGUCAGCUGUAAAAGUCUGUCCUUGGGACAUGAGAAAAAAAUACUCUCUCUCUGACUAUUUGAUUUUGCCACCGCUGUGUACUUGGAAAUGAGAUGAGAAGGCUGGUGGGGGAGCUGGGUGUCAUGAGCCCCAUAUGCAGGGACCUUGGGCUGGACACUACUCCUGGGGGUUGCCACCAGGGCUGUGUUAAUGAGAAGAGAGAAAGUAACACACCCUCACAGGCUGCAGGUCAGAGCUGGUUCUUUCUCUUGGAAGCGAGGUUGCAUUUCCCUCUGUCACAGGCUGCUAAUGAGGAUGAAAACCUUGCCGUGGUGACUGUGAGUUGCUGAGGAGAACUGGGCAGCACUGUGCAAAUAUGGGUGUAAUGUUGUGUUCUGCUGCCCUGUGUGCCUGUCAGCAGAGCUGGUUUGGUUCUGCGCUGGGGCAGAAGACUCAGCCCUGUGCCUAGGACAAGCCAUUAAUUACUCACCAGCCUUCUGUUGCAGAAGGACUCCUUGCCCUCCUCCAGUGAAUCAUCCGGCUGACUAGAAUCGCACCUUUGCUUUCCUUGCCUGCCUGUCGCUGGUUAGAGACUGACUGGGCUGCUUUGUGAAGCCUUUGGAAACGUUGUCCGUAGGUGUGUGCUCUGGACUGUGCUGCCGCCUCCUCCCUUUGCAGUUCCCAGUGUCUUGUUUUCUUCAGCUGUGGCAUUUCAAUGUCUGUAUGAGCUCCACUGAAACGCUGUUUUUGCACGCAUGUGAGAUAAUGUAGCGCCUCUCUGACAGCUUCAAUAAAAGGAAAUGAGACAUGCGGAAGGCAGGCCAUUAAGAGCAAUAAAAUAAACUCUGAUGUGUGG